GGCCGCUACACUCUGCAACAAUGCCAGCCGCCGCAGCAUCCGCCGCCGCAGCCGCGAUCCAGCGGGAGACCGUCUGGUUCCAGCCAGCUCAACCUAUUGCCGCUAUGGGCUCAGGAUAACUCAAGUCUCCCAGGCGAGGCCGGCUUCGCACAUGAUCUCCAGUAUCAACAGCGUCAACAGUCACUCCAGUUGACGGCCGCUGGCCUCCCGGGUACGGAUUUUGGGCUGUUUGGCCCAGAAUCUGUCCACCUAGAUCCUAGCCUUUCGUACCUUGAACCGCCACCUUGGGACACUCUGCCGUGGACGUCGGCUACCUCUGCGACGCCUCCCGUCAGUGCCAGUCCCCUCGACAUCCCGAUUGACCAAUCAUUCCCAUUCAUCGAUACCUCACCACCCACCCUCUUCGACACAUUCCCCGACACCUUCCUCCCGGUUCAGCUGGAUCCCAUCUUCGGAUCCAGCGACAGCUCCAAUUCAAACAGCCCGAAUCAGCCUCCGCCCCUGGACAUGCCAGUAUAUACUGCUGCUUCGGGGGCGCCGCCAUCUCAUCGUUCCUCGCCGAACUCUGACGGUCGAGAUUCGGAGAUCGCUACACCACACGCCGACAAGAUCCUCCGGCGUCAAAGAAACACCAUUGCGGCGCGCAAGUACCGACAAAAGAAGGUCGAUCGCAUCGACGAACUAGAAAGUUUGCUGAAGGAGAUGACCCGCGAGAGGGACGACUUGCGAAUCCGUCUCGCCCGUCAGGAGGCCGAGACUGAAGCUCUCAAGAGUGUCAUGCGCAAGGAAACUUAG